AUGACAAAACGAUUGUCUCUUCAAAAUGGAACAAAUGAGAUUAUUUGUUUAGACUUGAUGAAAUCAUUUGAUAUUAAUUCUCCACCAUGGGAAGAUAUGACCAAAACUAUUGGAUUACCUGUCUUAUCGUAUAACACGCAUAUUGCAUUGGGUGGAAAAAAUAAUUCAUUUAUUUUUAUGUACAGUGGAAUAGAAAAGAGCUUAGCAACAUUCAAAUUUCAGGUGGACAAAUUAUUAUAUAUAUUUGAUACAAACACUAAAACUUGGUCAGUUCCAACUACUGCAAAUUUGCCUCAAAAACCACGCGAUGCUGCUAGUUUUACGAGUGAUGGGAAAGGAAACAUUUAUCUUUAUGGUGGAUAUGAGCUCAAUGAAACAUCAUCAACUCUUGAAAAUCCACCUGCACUUAAUGAUGCAUAUGUAUUUAAUACUAUUUCAUUAUCAUGGACCUCUUUGAAUCCAAGUCUUACUCUUCUUCGACGGGCAAAAUGUUCUUCCGUUUUUUUAAAUGAUGGUAGGAUUUUAUACAUUGGUGGUGAAUCUAGUUAUGGAGUACCAUAUAACAUGACUUCGGUUUAUGUAUAUAACACAGUAUACGGAAUGUGGUCUGAGGAGAACGUAGAUAGUAGUGAGGUGAUAGUUGAGGAACGUAUCGAACAUUCAUCUGUACUUCUUUCAAAUGGAGACAUAAUAGUAUAUGGUGGGUGGCGUCCAGGUGGUGCCACUAAUGGUACUGUUGCACAACCUACACUUGUGAUCCUAGAAACCAAAUCAAUGUUUCGUUGGAGAAAACAGAAUGUUACCGGCAAAUUUUUACAUCUUAACCGGCAUUCAUGUCAUAUUGUUAAUAAUAGAUAUAUGUUCGUCGCUUAUGGCCAUACUAUUGAAGGAACUGUUACAGUAUCGAGAAAUGAACUUUAUAUUCUUGGCACGACCAAUUAUACAUGGAUUACAAGAUUUGGACAAAAUUUAUUUGAUGAAACUAUAUCACCCAAAAAUUCAAAUAAUUCAUUGAUAAUAGGAUUUUUGAUAUUUACAUCAAUAUUAGCAGCAGUGUUAACAGUAAUAUUGACUACAAUAUUAGUUAGUCAGUGUUAUCAUAAAAGAAGAAUUUUAAGAAUUUAUUGA